GCCCAGAGGAGGAAAAAAUGGCUGUUAUACAUUCAAAAGCAAAGUCCAAGCUCUGCCUUUUUCAGGCUCUGUGCUUCUCUAAGCUAGGAACCCAGAGGAGGAUUGAUCAUUUCUUGCAGCGCUAAAAACCAUGGCUCAGAGAUCAGUGAUGUUCAGGGAUGUUGCCAUUGACUUCUCUCAGGAAGAGUGGGAAUACCUGGACUCUGCUCAAAGGGAUUUGUAUAGAGAUGUGAUGUUGGAGAACUAUAGUAACUUGGUGUCACUAGUAGACUUGCCUUCAAGGAGUGUAAAUAAGGAUUUAUCUCCAAAAAAGGACACUUAUGAAACAGAAUUAUCCCAAUGGGAAAUGAGUGCCAGGCUUGAAAACUGUGACCUUGAGGAGUCCAGUUCCAGAGAUUAUUUGGAAGUCAGAGGCACAUUGGAAAAGCAACAAGAAAAUCAGGAGGAAUAUUUCAGGCAAGGGAUGAUCAUAUAUGAAAAAAUGUCCAUUUUCAAUCAGCAUGCUUACUUAUCUCAACAUCCUAGGUGUCAUUCUACUGAGAAACCCUAUAAAUGUAAGGAAUGCGGGAAGGCUUUUAGACGAGCUUCACACCUAACUCAACAUCAUAGUAUUCAUACUGGUGAAAAACCCUAUGAAUGUAAGCAAUGUGGGAAGGCCUUUAGUCGUGAUUCACAGCUCAUUCUUCAUCAGAGACUUCAUACUGGUGAGAAACCCUAUGCAUGCAAGGAAUGUGGGAAGGCCUUUACUCAGAGCUCACAACUUAUUUUACAUCAUAGAAUUCAUACUGGUGAAAAACCGUAUAAAUGUGAAGAAUGUGGGAAGGCCUUUAUUCGUAGCUCACAACUCACCCGACAUCAAAAAGUCCAUACUGGUGAGAAACCUUAUGAAUGUAAAGAAUGUGGGAAGGCCUUUACUCAGAACUCACAACUUACUCUACACCAGAGACUUCAUACUGGUGAGAAACUCUAUGAAUGUAAAGAAUGUAGAAAGGUCUUUACUCAGCUCUCACAACUUAUUCUGCAUAAGAGAAUUCACACUGGUGAAAAGCCUUAUGAAUGUAAGGAAUGUGGGAAAGCUUUUAUUUGUGGCUCACAGCUUUCUCAACAUCAGAAAAUUCACAAUGGGGAAAAGCCAUAUGAAUGUAAGGAAUGUGGAAAGGCCUUUAUUCGUGGCUCUUUGCUUAUGCAACAUCAGAGGAUUCAUACUGGUGAAAAGCCCUAUAAAUGUGAAGAAUGUGGGAAAGCCUUUAUCCGUGGCUCACAACUUACUCAACACCAGAGAAUUCAUACCAAUGAGAAGCCCUAUGAAUGUAAGGAAUGUGGAAAGACCUUUAGUCAUGGCUCACAACUUACCCAACAUCAGAGAAUUCAUACUGGUGAGAAACCCUAUCAAUGUAAGGAAUGUGGAAAGGCUUUUAAUCGUGGCUCACUCCUUACUCGACAUCAAAGGAUUCAUACUGGUGAAAAACCCUAUGAAUGUAAAGAAUGUGGAAAGACAUUUAGUCGUGGCUCAGAACUUACUCAACAUGAGAGGAUUCACACCGGUGAGAAACCCUAUGAAUGUAAGGAAUGUGGGAAGUCUUUUAUUCGUGGCUCACAGCUUACUCAACAUCAGAGAAUUCAUACUGGUGAGAAACCGUAUGAAUGUAAAGAAUGUAGAAUGGCCUUUACUCAGAGUUCACAUCUUUCUCAACAUCAGAGACUUCAUACUGGUGAAAAACCAUAUGUAUGUAAUGAAUGUGGGAAGGCCUUUGCUCGUGGCUUACUCCUCAUACAGCAUCAGAGAAUUCAUACAGGUGAGAAACCGUAUCAGUGUAAGGAAUGUGGGAAGGCCUUUAUUCGUGGUUCACAACUUACUCAACAUCAGCGAAUUCACACUGGAGAAAAGCCUUAUGAAUGCAAGGAAUGUGGGAAGGCCUUUAGUCAUGGCUCUCAACUUACUUUACAUCAGAGAAUUCAUACUGGUGAGAAGCCCUAUGAAUGCAAAGAAUGCAGAAAAGCAUUUACUCAGAGCUCACAUCUUUCUCGACAUCAGAGAGUUCAUACUGGUGAGAAACCCUAUCAAUGUAAGGAAUGCGGGAAGGCCUUUACUCGUGGUUCACAACUAACUCAACAUCAGAGAAUUCAUAUCAGUGAGAAAUCUUUUGAAUAUAAGGAAUGUGGGAUAGACUUCAGUCAUAGCUCACAAGUUUAUAUAUGAAUUAUCUGAUUCUUUGUGAUUAAGAUAGCCUUCUCUGGUCACUAAUCCAUUAUUAUCAAAGAAUUCCUAAAAUGUGAAUAUGGGAGCAUAUUUGCCUCGUAAAGUUCAGCAUCAGUGAAUUCUAAUGGGGGAAGAUAACUAUUAAUGUAAUCUAUGUAGAAAAACCUAUCAUUACUGGAAACCUCUUAAACUUUAGCAUAUUAUAAUAGAGAAUAAUUCUGUUAAUAUAGUAAAUAUAUUGAGGCCUUUAGCUGUAGAAUAUGUCUUUUUCAACAUUACCCUGUCUCUACCAGCUAUUUUCCUCAUGACAUUUAUCAUAAUUAACCUCUGCUUUGGUUUAAUCAUUUGUAAGAUAUGCCUAAGAAUAAUACCUUCCUUGUAAGAUUCUUGGAAGUAUUAUGUGAGACAUUUCAUGUAAAGCUCUUAGAGCAGUGCCUUGAACAUAGCAUAUCACAAGUAUUAGCUAUCAUUAUUACUAGUACGAUUUUAGAGAAUUUGCAUGAGAAGAGGACACUUAGGAGUAUAAUGAAUAUUAAGAAAUCUUUCAUUAACACUUGACCCUGACUCUUUGAGUGAGGGGCACUGUAUGCUGUAAUGAAUAUGAGAAAGCUUUCAUUCACAUCUCAUCCCAUAUACUAGAAGAGAAAAUUCAUACUGUUGGGGGAAAAAACCCACAAAACAUUGUAGAUUUAAUCAGUGGUUUGUUGAAGAGAGGUAAAGUGAAUUGUAACAAAGUCCAGAACUCAUAUGUCCUAUCAUUUUUUUUUUACCACAAUUAAAGAAUAUUAUUUAGAAAUGAAUAACAAUGGAUAGCCAAAAUAAAAUUUCCUACUAGGAAAUUUCUAAAAACUUGAAUGUACAGCUUUUGAAUUAAACUAAAAAUUAACCAACAUUACUAUUUUUCAGUGAAACAUGGUGACAGUCUGUCCGGGACUGUUAUUUCCCUACCCAAUAUCCAUUUUUCCUUUAGAAUUCUUGACUGAAAAAUCAUCUCAGCCCCUCUUGCAGUUCAACAAGAUGGAAGUGGUAUUUGUACAUGUAGGACAUUUAAGAAUACCUUUUCUCUCUUUGUAUUUCUUUGUUUCCCUACCUACAAUGUGGACAUUUAAUUUGAGAAUGGUUAUCUGGGUACUAAGGAUGAUGGAGCAGAAAUACAGAAUGAGUUUACACCUGUACUGAUUUAUGGAACAGUUGUACCAAUUCUGGUCUGCUUGCCUCCUGUAUUUCUUUAUAUAAAAUUAAAAUAAACUUAUUUGUUGAUGUUGUUUUCAUUCUGUUAUUGACACUAAAAUGUAUUAAGGUUAUAAAAUUUUGUACCCAGAAGUGGAGUGCUGUGGGUAAAAGAAAUCUCAA